CGGUGCCUGCAGCGCGCGGAGCGGCGGUGGCGGCAUUUGCACAGACCGGGCUGCACGGCUAGAGGUUGCACAGGCAGAGCGUGCGGAGCGGAGGCGCGGCCCGGCGCAGCCAUGGUGAAGAUCAGCUUCCAGCCCGCCGUGGCCGGCAUCAAGGCCAACAAGGCCGACAAGGCGCCGGCCUCAGCCCCGGCCCCGGAGCCCGCCCCGGCCGCUGAGAUCCUGCUGACUCCCGCUGGGGAGGAGCGGCCUCCCCACCCCCGCUACAAGAAGGGGGGCUCCGUGGGCGGCGUGUGCUACCUGUCACUGGGCAUGGUGGUGCUGCUCAUGGGCCUGGUCUUCGCCUCCGUCUACAUCUACAGAUACUUCUUCCUCGCUCAGCUGGCCCGCGAUAACUUCUUCCACUGCGGCGUCCUCUACGAGGACUCCCUGUCCUCCCAGGCCCGCACCCGGAUGGAGCUGGAGGAGGACGUGAAGAUCUACCUCGAGGAGAACUACGAGCGCAUCAACGUCCCCCUGCCCCAGUUUGGCGGCGGGGACCCCGCGGACAUCAUCCACGACUUCCAGCGGGGUCUGACUGCUUACCACGACAUCUCCCUGGACAAGUGCUACGUUAUUGAGCUCAACACCACCAUCGUGCUGCCUCCUCGCAACUUCUGGGAGCUGCUCAUGAACGUGAAGAGGGGGGCCUAUCUUCUGCAGACAUACAUCAUCCAGGAGGAAGUGGUCGUCUCGGAGCAUGUUGGUGACAAGGAGGCACUUGGCUCCUUCAUCUACCACCUGUGCACUGGGAAGGACACCUACCGGCUGCGGCGCCGGGCCACCCGGAGGCGUAUCAACAAGCGUGGGGCCCAGAAGUGCAACGCCAUCCGCCACUUCGAGAACACCUUCGUGGUGGAGACGCUCAUCUGUGGGGUGGUGUGAGGCUCUCCCUGCUCCAGCUCCCCACCUUCUUCCCUUUUCUUCUCUCUGGCCCUCCUCCUGCCCCUUGCUUAGCUUGUACUUUGGGCCCUUCGAUAGAUGUGACGCGUCUCACCGCACCCCCUGCCCCACCUCCCCGUACCACAGCAA